AACUAUAGUGAAUAAUACUAUAUAAUUUCUUUUAUAACGUCAAAACAUAUCUUAAUCUACUAAUCAAAAUCGUAAACUUUAGAUUUCUUGAUUUUAAAGUUAAAUGUUUUUUAUCUUUUGAAAAAUUAAAUUAAAGAUUGAUGAAAUCAACUAUCAAUUGUUUGCUUAGUUAACACAAUUUGUGUGAUAAAUUUCUAUUAACCAUGCACGCACACACAGACACACACAAAUAAAUCUUUCAUAAAGAUCGUAACAGUCGAUAAUAAGGAAUUCGAAAAGAAGGGGAAAAAAUAUUCGAAUAACGAAUAUCACGAAUAGCGCCAAUAGGUUCUUCUUCACAAUCUCUAAAAAAAUCCGGCUUUCCGUCUUCAUAACGUAUAUAAACUCUGAUUAAUAUUGAAGUCUGACAACUGUCAAAUGACAAAUCUGCUUCAAAUAUUACGUUUCAAAGAUUGAAAUGGCAGCAGAAAUAAAACCUGCACCAGGGGUUAAUCAUGAUAAAUUUAGUACAAGUCGAAAACCUAUACUUUUAUCGAAAUUAGAAGGAUGCAAUGAUGAUGUCAAUGCGGCUAUCAUUAUACCGCGGGAAGAUGGUGUAAUUAGUGUUUGCGAUGACAGAACUGUUAGAGUUUGGUUGAAAAGAGAUUCUGGCCAUUAUUGGCCAAGUGUUUGUCAAUAUAUGGCUGCUGGUGCAACAUCGAUGCAUUAUUGUGUACAAACUAGACAAUUAUUUGUUGGUUUAGAAAAUGGAACUAUAAAUGAAUUUAUAUUGGAACAAGAUUAUAAUCAAAUGACUGCUAUGCGUGAAUAUGCUGCACAUCAAGCAAGAGUUACAGGUGUUAUAUUUGCAUCAAAUUAUGAAUGGGUGUUAAGCAUAGGUCGAGAUAAAAUGUUCCAAUUACAUUGUUCAGAAACAGGGCAAAAGUUAGGAUCAUAUCAAACAGAUGCAUGGUACACUGCUUUGCAAUUUGACACACAAUCAAAACAUGCUUUUGUCGGUGAUUAUUCUGGACAAAUAGCUAUGUUGAAGUUAGAUACUAAUGGUGUCACACUAAUUACCACAUUAAAAACACACACAGGAAGCAUUCAUACAUUAGCAUGGGAUUCUGAAAAACAACUUUUAUUUUCUGGAAGUUUCGAUCAAAGUAUUAUUGUAUGGGAUAUCGGUGGUCGACAGGGUACAGCGUAUGAAUUACAAGGACAUCACAAUAAAGUAACAGCACUAUGCUAUGCAAGUGCAGAACGUAUGUUAUUAUCUGGAGGAGAAGAUGGUGUAAUAGUGUGUUGGGAUAUGGCUGCAAAUAGAAAAGAAACUGCAGCAUGGGUAGAAUCUGAUACGUGCCAAGCUUGUGGAAGACCAUUCUUUUGGAAUAUUAAAGCAAUGAUGGAUCAACGACAAUUAGGUUUGAGACAACAUCAUUGUCGUCAUUGUGGUCGUGCAUUAUGCGCUCGAUGUACAUCUCAACGAAUACCAAUACCUGCAAUGGGUUUUGAAUUUGAAGUUAGAGUAUGCGAUCAAUGUCAUAUCCAACUUAAAGCUGCAAACCAAACAUCUUUAGCAUCAUUCCAUGAUGCAAAGCAUAAUGUUGUUGGAAUGGAUCUCGAUGCUUCUAGACGAAGAUUAUUAACUAUUGGUCAAGAUCGUCUUAUUAAGAUUUGGGAUAUUUCCGCACUUCUUCAGUGAACUUCCAAAUAUGUUUAUUUAUAAAUAACGAAACUAAUCAAAUCAUAAGGUAUAAGAGGAAAAUAUUGUUAUAUUUCGAUGUAAAAGUAUAAUAUCCAGAGCCUAUUUUUACGAUCGUUAUUGAAAUCAUUUUAAAAUCCAUUUAUUUAAUCGCAAGCACUACUAGAUUUUUAUAUGUUACAAUUUGCUUCUUACAUAAAAAAAAUUCCGAAUCUCUAAAAUAUUUUACAGCAUUGAAAUAGAAUAUAUAAAAAAUUGAAAAAAAAAAAAAAAGAUAUGUAUAUCACUUGCAAAUACUCUUCCAGUGAAAAAAAAAUUCAAUAACUUAUUCA